UGCAGCUGGCAAGAAGCAGACAAAGAGGGGCUCGCAAGAAGAAUAGUGGGGGAGGAGCAGCGCUUCUCCUGCAGCUUUGGCUGCUGAGGCUUUCCGUAGAAGGAUGCUUUUGGGGUCUUCUGGGUUUAGCUUUUGAUUGUACGUUCGUGGAACCCGAAGGUCUCGCUGUUUGCCCCUGACACAAUUGUAUGUACACAGCGUAACCCCGCCUUGUGCCGGGCCGGGGGGGAGGAGCAGGAGAGAAAGCCGAGCCGCGGGAGAAGCACCCUCCCAGUCUCUGGUUUCUGACAGGAGGGGGCGGCUAGAGCUCCAGCGGGGAGAGAUGCGAUCGGGGAUGCAGAGAGGGAUCGGGAAGGCAAAGGCUAUGGAGUCGUAAUGGGGUCAGCCCAGGCCCGGGGGAGAGGACGGUAUCUGCCCGGGCUUAUGGCAGCUGCCAGCAGGUAACAGUCUGGGCUGCGAACCGGGUUGUCUGUCUGAAGGAUGGCUUCUCAGUGGCCCUUUGGCUGUGGAACCACAACUUCCAGCAAGCAAUGACCAAUGUUAUAUUGGUUGUAGUGCAACAAAAUCUGCCGCUGGAUUUGUAUAUUUUCCAGUCAGUGCUGGACUUCUACCCCUUGUGGGCACAUGGUGUCCUGCCUGCCUCCUCCCUGCCCAGAAGAUGACCAGACUGCUGUUGGGAGUUACUCUAGAGAGGAUCUGUAAAGCUGUUCUUCUUCUUUGCCUGGUGCACUUUGUCAUCAUCAUGAUACUCUAUUUUGAUGUAUAUGCCCAGCGCCUAGACUUCUUUACUCGGUUUAAUAUCAGGAACACUUCCAGAGCUCAUCCUUACUACAACUUCUCACGUCCCAAUGGCACUGUCCACAGUUACACUGCUGUCAUUUCUGCAGGGGAUUCAUUUACACCCAGUGCCAAGUUAGAACUUAAUUUGACAGUCACAGAGAAACCUUUGCUUCUAUGUCCUGAUGCACCACCGGAACUGGUUGGCCGCCUACUGAUUGAAUUCAGCUCUCUUAUGAGCAUGGAGCGAGUUCAGAGGGAAAAUCCUGAUGUGACAGAAGGUGGGAGGUACACACCACCUGACUGCCAGCCCAAAGAAAAGGUGGCUAUUAUCAUUCCUUUCAGACACAGAGAACACCACCUUAAAUAUUGGCUUCAUUACCUGCACCCUAUAUUGCGACGCCAGAAAGUUGCAUAUGGAAUUUACAUUAUCAAUCAGUUUGGCGAAGACACUUUCAACCGAGCCAAGCUAUUGAAUGUUGGUUUCCUGGAAGCAAUGAAAGAGGCAGACUAUGACUGUUUCAUUUUCAGUGAUGUGGAUCUAAUCCCAAUGGAUGACAGAAAUUUAUAUCAUUGCUAUGAACAGCCACGACAUUUUGCCAUUGCCAUGGACAAGUUUGGAUUCCGAUUGCCUUAUGCAGGCUAUUUUGGAGGGGUCUCUGGACUGAGUAAAGCCCAGUUUUUGAAGAUUAAUGGCUUUCCCAAUGAGUACUGGGGAUGGGGAGGAGAAGAUGAUGAUAUUUAUAACAGAAUAACCCUCAAUGGCAUGAAAAUUUCCCGGCCUGAUAUCCGCAUUGGACGUUAUCGGAUGAUCAAACAUGAACGAGACAAGCACAAUGAGCCCAACCCUCAAAGAUUUACAAAGAUUCAGAAUACGAAGAUGACAAUGAAGAAAGAUGGAAUCAAUUCAUUGCACUACCGUGUGAUCCACUCCGCCAAAUACCCCAUGUACACAAACAUCACAGUUGAUAUUGGGAAACCACCGCCCAGACCUGCCCGGGGAUAACGUAAUGCACUCACUGGCACUUCUUGAGACAGCGCGUCUCUUCCUCCUUUCAUUUUGGAAGAAGGGGAAAUGCAGUUAAACCCUUCCUUCUGCCUCCUGCAGGGUUUCCGUUACAGGAUGCGCGGCGAUUUGCCUGGUUCUUCUGCACCCCACGGAAGGACUGACCUAUUCUCAUAAUGAAUAAAUGAACUUGGUGCUCAUGUGCGACAGUGUGCUGUACCUGCCAAUGUUCCGCAUGCUCAGAAAGGCAGAAUCCGUCUGCUACAUUUUAGUACUUCCUUGCUCUUCUUUUUCUUGAAACCUUUAAUAAACGUCAGAUUGUUUCACCCUCUCAGUUCCAGAAGAGGGAGCGACCAUACUGCCACUGUGAUGUUGACACAGAAAGUUGCAAGGAAAAUAUUCUAUAACAAAUUUACAAAUAUUCAGUUUUCUUUAUCAACAGCACAGUGACUCAAAUCUACUAAUAGCCUAUAAGAGAAAGGUCACUUUGGAUGCUGAAACAUACACUUUUAAUCCAGUCCUGAACACAUGUGCUACAGGGCAACACUGAGAGCUAAAACUAAUGUAACCUUGGCAUAUCCACAAUGUUCAAGAUUGCUUUGCAGUUACUGUUCUAUUGACACUCAUAGACUUAUACAUUGACAGUUUUUGCAUAUCCUUGUUAAACUAACACUGUCUAGGCUGUGUUUGUUGGAAGUCUGUUACAUGUGUGAAUGUUAUAAAAUAUCAAAUGUUGGCAAGCUAAACAAGUUAUACUGUAAAGUUGGAAGGGAAAAGAAAAUGUUUGAACCUCAAAAGAUGCAACUCCCUUAACUGCUUUGCUGCAUUGAAGGUACCUGCCUUGCAUAAUGCUAGAGAUUUAUAUACAAUGUCAUUAAUAUAUAAUUGUUUUCUCUUAAUAUUGUUCCCUAUGGUCAGCAUUGAACUCCUGGGUGUGUGAGCUCUGAUACAUGGGUUAUGUAGCACAGUGGAGAGUGGAGGGGCUGCUGGUAAAACUGUACUGCCUAUAAAAUGUAUUGGAUAAGGGUAUAGCUACUGCAGACUCAUACUGCACUAUUAAUUACAUCUAUACAGACACAUCACUAGACAGACAUAGUAAUCUUGCAGAGAAAGGACAGUUCUCACAACAAGAAUCAGAUUCUCCCAUUAAUUUAUGUAAAGGCCAUCUAAAAAGCCCCAAUAUAUCAUCCUUGUCUUCCUGGUAGCAUAGAGCUGCUGUUUAAGUUCCCAUGUAUAGUAAAGUCCAUAGUAUAGUCCAAUACAUAUAUUCUGUUGAUCUCCUCAACCCCCAUAUAUUUUCUUUCUGCCUGCCCUUUUCUUCCUUCUGGUAUGUAUUUGCCCAGUUUGACCACCUGGGAAUAUGAAUAAAGCACCUCGACCCACAGCCCCUUGCUCUGGCUACCAGCUUAGGAAGAUGGACUGGGAUGGCAAAAAGAAAAUGUGGGCCUUAGUUGUCCUAUAAUAUGUCUCAACCUAGAGAACUACAUUUUUUUUUUUACCUAAAGACAGAAUCCAGAGCAUACUUUUUUCCAGUUAAUCUAGUGAAUUUGCCAAAUUUAGAAUUCAGUUUCUCUCUUACUAUAUGCUGGAAACAUUUGGCUCUGAUCAAUCUUUCUGAUGUUACUGACAGCAUAGCAAAUGGAAGAACGGUAAUGUUACUGACCCUUAGUAUAGUUUUGCCUUUGCAUAAAAUAUGAAAUGGGCAAACAGUUUGCUGCACCACAAUAAGGUAUUGGUGUUGGUAUUGGUGAUUUGUUCAGAUAACCAAGGACUGCAUGAGAAUUCUUCUUUAAAACAAAGAUGCUGUUGUGUCAUGCAUGUGGGUCUCAUAUUAUAAUCUGGCAGGUCACUGCGACACGGGCAGUGGAACAUCAGCACAAAUAAGCUGCAAAAAGUGUAUGUGAGCAUAACAUGGACUGGAUAUUGGUGGAGAAAAAAGGUUGCAUGGACAUUCUGCCUUAUCUAAUUACAUGAUUUAGAAAGUGAACUUUGUGGCCUGGGCCCUCUAACAUAAUUCUGGAUGUACAGUACCUGAAGUACAGGUGACGUGAAGUAGAUGGAGCUUUUUACGGAGAAUCAGUUUUGGAAGCAAGGAAGCAAGUGUGCACAAUGGACUUCCUGGCUUCAUGGAUCACAGAACUUGGAACAUGGGGGGCAUGGUUACUGUCUGCAGGUUUGGGGAUUGGUGCGUUGCUGUGCAAUGCAUUGCUAGAGGAUUCUCAGAAUGUAAGGCCUGAUGCAAUUCCUUUUGUAUGCAAGGAACCCAUGCAAAAAGGUUACUGCAGCAAUUCUAGGGCUUUUUUGUUUUUUAUUUCAUUUUUCUCGCCAUGUCAAACAUUUAAUUAACAGAUACGUUUUGUAAACUUUACAUCAAGCACCAUGCUUAAGAGAAACCCACAGGUUCCUAGUAUUGCUGCUUUCAGGUCUCAUAAAUGGUACAAGUGCACUGAGGAGCCAAACUGCAAAACAGGGCCAGGCACUUGUGCAACGGUAACUAGUGGCCUCGUUCUGCAGUCGGGCAUCGUCCUGUGCCAACUUCUGUGUUUGCAUAGUUUUAGCUCUUCUUUGUAUGUUCAUGUUGAGAGGAGGAUCUGUCCAUCCACUUUGGAUGUGUCUGCUUGUUAUUUGUCUUUUUCUACAACUGUGGGAAACGAGAUCUAAAAACGAUAUGCUGUUGCAAUCUCUGCCUUUACAGUUUUCAUAAAAUAAUUCAAGAAACG